UAUAAAAGAAUCUCCCUCAGUCUGUUUCUUCCAAGCUGUCAAAAUGGACAUGAUAAUUUCCCUCCUUGUUCUUUCCACACUGCCACAGCUCAUAGUACCUACAGUUCUCCCUGGGACCUCGCUGAGAGCUGUAGUGGAGUUUGUGUCAGGGGAUUCAAGGAUCUUCUCUGGAGAGAGUGUGCGGCUGAAAUGCAGCGUUCCUGAUGUCCACAACUCCUCGUGGGAUUACUUGUGGUUCAGGGAAUCUGAACAGCUCCCCCAGAAUGGGAAGCACCUCAUUCUGUGGAAAACCAGGGUUCAAGAGAGUGGGAAAUUUUACUGCCAGGGAGUGAGGGAUACAGCAGUAGGAAACAUACACACCCUCCAAAGUUUACCUUUGGAAAUCAAUGUGGAUGGAGGAUGGGCUAUCCUGAAAGUCCAACCUCAUUCCAGCCUGGUUGGAGACACCUUGAAGGUCACAUGUCGCAUCCGAGGCACACCCCAACUUCACGAGGUGAUUCUGUACAAAGAUGGCAUUGAAGUUAUGAGACAAAAUGGCCUCAACCCACAUAUCUACCUGACCAACUUGAGGCUCGAGGACCAAGGAAUGUAUUCUUGUAGGGCUUCCUGGGACGUAGCCAGGCGUACACACUCUAUAGUGUCAGUUGACACAUCAGUUCUGGUUUCAGAGGUUCUGUCGCAGCCAGUUUUGGAGAUUGUUGCAGACAAUAACCUGAUUCCAGUGAAUAAGCUGAGGCUAAUUUGCCACAUCCAAUACAACGCCCGUGCUCCUGCCCCCCCAGUACACUUCUAUUUCUACAAGAAUGACAACCGACUGGGAACAGCAACAUCUGUGAACCAUGUUCUGAUCCCACGGUCUCCAGGCCAGUACAGCUGCAAGGCAAAGGUGCCUGGGUUAGAUAUCACCAGGUGGAGUGAACACAAAUCGUUUGGACAAGUAAUAGGACCACAGGCAAUGAUUCCUCAAGCUCCUCGUCCCAGAUAUCGAUCACCUUUAGCCCCAUCAAUCUCAUCCCCAUACCUCUUGCUGUCUCCUGCUGCUGAGCCUACUGUCUUUCAGCCAACUAGUAUGAGCAUCAUAUCCUCAUAUCCUACCCAGAAGCCUUCACAGUCAGCAGAAACAAGCCCUUUGCUAUCUACAGUCCAGUCUCCUAAUUAAACUCAGGCUCCUUUCAAUAUAUCUAUGGAAUCAGGUGACAUCUCUGGAGAAUAAGGUGACAAUCCUCAGGACUCUUCAGUAACAGUCCUAUGGUGACAAGUUAUCAUAAAUUACAGACCAUUGCAGAAAUUAAUCAUCCUAAAUCACAGAAAUGAUAAGCAACUGCCACAUAUAAGGCAUUGUGCUCUCAGUGCAGGCUUUUCAUAUGAUUCAUUGUGUAAUAUUUAUUUAACAUAUUACCAAGUGUCAGCUUUAUGAUCUCAUCUGUACAAAACUAAAAGGAUCAGUACUGUUGGGGGGAAAAUAUGCUAUGUUGGUUGAAUUGAAUAAAGCAUUCCACAGCAUGGACUACUUCUUUUUACAA